AAGCCUAGGGUUUUGCCCAUCGCUGCUCCUUAUACAUGUUAUACAGUCUUCAUGGGCCCGACAAAUGAGAGUUAGUUCUCCGUGGAGUUAUGUAUACAUUUAAAAUACGUAGAAAAACUUAAAAAUUAAAAAGUAUUAUAAACACCUGUGUUAUAUAUACAAAUUAACAAAGAAAUAACUGAAUUAAUGAAACACUGUGGGGUUAAACGUUGUCUCAGUGGUAUAGUAAGCGUAUAGUCAUUGACUUAAAUGUCGUUAAUAUAAGUUUGUUAAAAGAACUGUUUAGAAAAUGUCACAGGUGAUUAAAAAAAGUAAGAAAAAGCAAGCAAAGAAAGAGAAGACGAACCAAAAAGAGGAGAAAUCUGAAGAAAGUGUAAAAGAUACACCAAAGGAAAAUGUAACAUUAAAGUAUGGUCCUUCUCUGACAUUUCCCUAUCAAAGGGUAUGGUCGCGUUGUGCCCUAAUACUUGCAGUGUUAUUCAUAGUUUGGUAUAAUAGUAAACAGGGUAAAGAAGUUCAUUUUGCAAAACAAAAAGAGAUUUUAUUAAGUCGUACUCAAUAUGUUGAGUGUUCAAAAGAUUAUAAAGCAGAAACAAACGAAUAUCCUGAGUGCAUGCCUGAAAAAUGUGGAAGAAUAGUUACAGAUAAACUAGUGUCAUCAACAGAAACCGAUAUUCUGUUAAAGGUAGCAAUGAAUGGUUUAAAUUUAGGUGGCUCAGAAGGAGGUGCUAGUAUCUUGGAUCUUCAUUCUGGUGCAUUAAGUAAAGGUCUUGGUUUUAUUGAUAUUUAUACAUUGCCAGAAACAACAAAAAUAUUUAAUAGUGCCGACUUUGCAAUUUAUAAGGUAGUGAAAACCAAAAUACAACAUGCAGUAGCACAUAAUUUUGGGGUACCUGCCAAUAAAAUAUUUUUAACAAAACCAACAUUCUUUUCUCGAAUGACUAAUGUAUCUGCAAAAACAAUACACGAUGAAUACUGGCAUCCUCAUGUUGACAAGGAAACUUACAAAUCAUUCCAUUAUACAUCUUUACUUUAUUUAAAUGAUUUUGGAAGAGACUUUGAGGGAGGACGAUUUAUAUUUAUUGAUAGAGAUAAUGUUAAUACAACAGUGGAACCUCGAAAAGGUAGAGUAUCUAUGUUUACUUCGGGUAGUGAAAAUUUACAUGCAGUUGAAAAAGUACAGUCUGGAAUUCGUUAUGCAUUGACUGUAUCUUUCACAUGUGAUCAAAAUGCUGCAAUCUCUGAUCCCAACUACCGUACAAAACAAGAAAAAUAAAUUCCUUUUAUGAAUUAAGAGUAUAUAUUACAUUUAAUUUUUUAUAAAGCAUAUACGCUUUUAAUGUUUUAUGAUUUUUUAAAUAAAGCAUUUUUUGUUGAGCGAAAA